CCUAGUCCUCUUUAGUUUCUCCACAAAUCCACUUUCUUGAAUCUUGACUACCAUUUGUGGCCAACUCCAAGCCAAGCUCUUCCUUUUCAUCACUUUCUCGAGAAAAAAACUUGCAUUUUCUAUCCCAAAAGAUGGCAGCCUUUUCCCAGCAACACAACAACAACUACCCAUUAUUUCUUGAUUCAGUUUCAUUACAAAACAAUAACUCUAUUAAUAUCAUGUCUGGCUUUAUGGAGGAAAGGAACAUGAAUACCAACUGCUUCACUCAAUUUUGUCCACCUGAACUUGUUUUGGAGACCAUUGUCAAUCCUGGAUCCAAGCAAGGUAGCUGCCUUGAUGAUCACAGUAGUUCAAAGAUCUCUCACAGUGACAAUGAGACUUCUGUGACAAAAAAACAGAGCACAGAGUCCUCAACAGUGGUGGAUAAGAUUGAGAGUGGUGAGCAGGUCACCCAAAAGAUGACCCAGAUGGACAAGAAGAGGAAGAAUCGAAAUGGGUCAAAAUCCACAAACUCUUCUCAAUCAAAGGAUGAUGAAACAGAAGGGAAGAUCAAGAAACCAAAGAGGUGCAAUGGUGGCAUAAAAGGUAAAAAAGAAGAAAAGCCAAAAGCAGAGAAGAAAAAUAAGAAGAAGGUCCCUGAAGAACCUCCAACAGGCUACAUUCAUGUAAGAGCAAGGAGGGGCCAAGCAACAGAUAGCCACAGCCUUGCAGAAAGGGUGAGGAGGGAGAAAAUAAGUGAGAGAAUGAAGAUUUUGCGAAGGCUUGUCCCUGCUUGUGACAAGGUGACUGGGAAGGCCCUCAUGUUGGAUGAAAUUAUUAAUUAUGUUCAAUCCCUUCAAAGCCAAGUAGAGUUCCUUUCAAUGAAGCUUGCUUCUGUGAAUCCUCUGUUCUAUGACUUUGGAUUGGACUUUGAUGCAUACAUGGUCAGACCUUCAGAGGGAUUGAGUGGCAUGACACCACCACAGCCAUCUGUGGCCACAGCAGCUUUUGUUGAUCCAACCACCAUCCCCACCACCCCCACCACAGCCACCACUCAUUCAUUUGCUUCAUAUGAUAACUGUUCUCUUCCUCUUCUUGAUACCUCAGCUUCUCUUUUACUCCAGCAUGGGAACAGAACAAAUGCCUUCUCUCAGGAAAAUGUUGGUCUAUUGUGGGAAGUAGAGGAGCAGAGACAAAAGUUUCUAAACCCAAAUGGGUUCACCAAUAACUUGUGUUCUUUCCAAUAAAUCUACAAAACAAGCUGCCCUACAAGCAUCUGCACAGAAGCCAUGCCAAAAGCAGAGAAAAGGAAGACCAAGGGUAUGAUCAGUCAAUUCAAAUGGAGACGGGUCUGUUCCUGCUGCACUUGGAAGCUCAUGUUCCAUGUCCAAUAGUUUAAAGUGAUAGCAUCAAGAACACUAAAGGACGGUUAAAAAAACCGACCAGAUCUUUUUUUGUAGAUCCCUUUGUUCUUGUCCCUUUUUUGACUUCCCCCAAGAAGUUUUUCAUGCACAAAUUCUAAUGAAGCAGUUGUGGGGUGGCAGUUAGUCCUAACGUAGAAUGCACUAGUAAAUGAAUAAGAUAGAAGAAUGGGAAAAAAAAAAAAGGUCAUUUAUAUAUUUAUUGUGGUUACAGACUUACAGUUAUUCUGUUAUUACAGUUGCAUUUACCGUUAUUUUUUCCCCUCCCCAAUUGAGUGAAAGAGGAGGAAAAAAGACGAAUCAGGUACUGUAAUUGAUAUGACUAGCUAAGUUAUGCAUUUAUUGGUAUUGCUGGGUUAUUUUAUGGUGGAAUCUUGCGGGUUUUGGCAUUUA